AUCAUCACCAUCACCAUCUGGUCAGUAGUAACCAACUAAUCUUCAUUUACCCCAUUCGCAACAGUGCCUAUGUAUACGAUAGGGUAGAUUCAAAGCGAUCACAGCUGCUGACAUGUCCUCAAUCGCGCAACGAUGGGAGAAGAAGGUUCUUAGAAGCGACGGGUUGGUCAGGUUGGCGGCUCUCGUCGCAGCUACGACCGCCUGUCUUGGUUCUGGCACGAAUUAUGCCUAUUCCGCAUGGGCUCCUCAGUUCUCUGAACGGCUUCGGAUUACAUCCGCGCAGAGCAACCUCCUUGGCAUUGCAGGAAAUAUUGGACAGGCUCUAUCAGCUAUACCAAUCGGCUUAUUCAUAGAUUCCACCGGAGCGAGGCUCGCCGCUAUGAUAGGGGGUGUUACCAUCGCGAUUGGCUAUAAUUUGAUAUAUUCUGCGUAUAUGCAAGGACCUGAAUUCAUGGGCUUCUGGAUGAUUUGGUGCAUGUACUUCUUAACGGGCAUUGGUAGUUUCUCGACCUUCUCCGCUGCUAUCAAAAUUACUGCACUUAACUGGCCGCACAGAACAGGAGCUGCUACUUCUCUCCCGUUAUCUGCAUUUGGGCUAAGCGCAUUUGUGUUCACCACACUAUCGAUGCUAUUCCAGACAUCUCGAUCGCAGAUUCUACUAUUCAUUGCGGUCGGUGCUCCAUUCCUCAUCCUCGUUUCGUCUCCUUUCUUUCUCAAGGCCAAAUCGGAGCUGCCAGACACGGCCGCUGGCCAGGUAUAUACCGCACUUGAAGGCACAGAAAUCGACGGAGAAGCAGAAGCGGAAUCAUCGAUAGAAUGCUCUUUCGAUCGAACCACAGAAAAUCACCCAGAGGGAACAGUGUCCUCAGAGCGGCUGUUACUGACCGAUAGCACUGUAUUAAAAGAAUUUUCGCAAGAGCUGGACAUAUCUAUACACACGCUGGUCUCAACAGUAAACUUCUGGCUGUUGUUCAUGAUAUUUGGGCUCUACACUGGGAUUGGAUCUAUGACCAUCAACAAUAUUGGGUACGAUGCCACAAUGCUUUGGAGGAAGGACAAGUCAGAGAUUUCUCAACCAGCACUCGAGACGCAGCUACUUUUCCAUGUCUCGAUCAUAUCCAUCAUGAGUUUCUGCGGCAGACUCAUAUCUGGAGCAAGUUCGGACCUUUUCUCCGUUGUCUUCCUUGUCGCGCAGCUAUACGCUAUGUGGUGUAGUAAUCCACGCCUGCUUUGGAUCUUAUCGGUUCUGACUGGUUUGGCUUAUGGCUUGUUGUAUGGUGUCUACCCAGCCUUGGUCACCGAUGCCUUUGGAUUGAAGCAGCUAAGUCGCAACUAUGGUAUUAUCUCCCUGGCGCCCAUUCUGUGGAGUGGUAUCUUCAACCUCAACUACGGCAGGAUAAUCGAUCUUAAUUCUUCCACCAUUCCCAAUGGCGACAAGAAGUGCAUGCAAGGGCUGCAUUGCUAUACGGAGGCGUACCGUUACACAUUAGUAGCAACAGCUGGAGGCUUGGGGUUGAUUAUUUGGUGCGUAAGGCGAAAUAAUAGCAUGCAAUGGGCGCGUCGAUUGAGAUAG